GCGUAGCGCGUUUUAAUUAAGCUGACGCGACCAAACCAUGAAGGAGGGUCACACCGCUUCGAAAGCCCUCUCCCUUUACCACACAGAAAACACCAGGAAAAUAUGUCUGGAUACGACCGUGCAUUGUCGGUUUUUUCGCCUGAUGGCCGUCUUUUACAAGUAGAAUACGGACAAGAAGCUGUUCGUCGCGGUACCACUGCUGUCGGUGUUCGUGGUGAACGAGUUGCAGUAAUCGGUGUAGAAAAAAAGACAGCCGCUAAGCUUCAAAACAGUAGAAGUUCACAAAAAAUUGGCCUUGUUGAUGAUCACGUUUGUUUGGCUUUUGCCGGGUUGAACGCUGAUGCUCGUGUUUUAAUUGAUAAAGCUCGUGUUGAGGCCCAAUCUUACCGUCUUAAUCUCGCAGACCCAGUUACGGUUGAGUAUAUUACGCGUUAUGUUGCCGGUGUUCAACAAAAAUAUACACAAGCUGGAGGUGUCCGCCCUUUCGGCGUGUCCACUUUAAUUAUGGGUUUUGACGUUAAUGACACAACACCUCGCUUGUUCCAAACGGAACCAGCAGGUAUCUACAACGCUUGGAAAGCUACAGCCAUCGGACGUUCUGGUAAGACGGUUCGUGAGUUUUUGGAGCGUAACUGGAAGCCCGACAUGAGUCGUGACGAAGCCAUUCACUUGACCGUCAAAAGUUUGCUUGAGGUUGUACAAACCGGAGCAAAGAACAUCGAAGUAGCUGUAAUGGAACCAGGAAGCGCUGUUCAGUUCUUGCCUUUGGACACAAUUGAAGCAAUUGUUAAGGAUAUCCAGGAAGAAAAGGAAGCGGAGGCAACUCGCAAGAAGAAUGGCGGUCGUGUCGGUACAUCCGGUGCUGCUACGACUCAGUAAACUGUGCUUUUAUUACAUGUUUUCUUCCUCAUGACUCGCUCCAAUCGAAUUGCUUUGGUAUGCCAAGCUUGCUCAUGUCAAAGUGACAAUGGUGCAGCCCAAAAAUAUAACGGUUGUAUCUUUACGACGGAAAACGUUUCCCAUAUCAUUUCAAUAACAGAAAUACAGACUACGAAUUUAUGUCUUAUUUACGUAAACCAAAAACGAGAGCUCCACUGUUUGUAGAGGGCUUUGCUACUGUGAUGGAAAGAGCGACGUAGAAAGUUAUGGGGAACAUAAUUCAAAGUUUUUAUUAUGAGAACAUUGAUAACGGGGGGUUGUGUUUAAAAUUAAAUAGGAAGG